AAAGCAUUCGCAAUCAACACUUCCUUCAAACACUUCCAUCCAUAUUCUACUACUCGUCUUCCCGAUAUACAAUCGUCUCACACAAACAACUUUCAAAAUGCAAGUCCCAACCACCUUCGCUGUUCUCUUCUUUGCCCUUGGGGCCGCAGCCUUACCAUCGAUUGGUAGCCCAACUGUUGGACCCAAAGGCAACGCACAGUGCGGUAAAAAUCAAGUCAUCUCAUGCUGCAACACCAAGUCUACCAGCGUUGGCGCUGGUGGCCUCCUCGGACUCGGAGGCGUUCUUAAUGGCGUUCUGGGUGGCAACUGCAACCCUCUCACCAUCCCAAUUGUCGGCGUCGCUGUCCCACUCAGCCAAGCUUGCGCUGGCAACCAGGCCGCGUGCUGCACAGGCGACCAGCAUGGCCUGGUUAACAUCCAAUGUACCAACGUCCUUAUUUAAGUAGAAUUGGCCUUUGAGGCCCAUAUGGACGGAUUUGGUCUUUGAGACCCCAGGAAGGCUCAUUGUGCCUGAUGGUUGUGGAAGUUUUUAAUUCAUCAUCAAGAUCCAUUCUGGACUUGCAACUCGUUGUACUUUAGUCAGUCAUUUCAGAUAGUUAUUGAUCAUAGGACUUGAAGGUCGUAGUAUUUUCAAGCACCUCUGUUCUAUAAUUCAAUUAUAGACUAUUAAAUCAUGCCUUACUGGUACUAGUCCUGUC